UCUGUACAAAAUAUGUUGACGUCCCGCACUGACAUUUCAAUGCUUUUGUUAUUAAUUGCCGGCUACGAUAUUGAAGGAUCUACGCCGGCUACGAUAUUGAAGGAUCUACGCCGUCCACUUCAGACAUCUGGUAUCCUGCUAACAAUCUACUGACAUGUCGAAACGUAAAGGGCUUUCUCUAGAUGAGAAACGAAUAAAAAUGCUCGAAAUCUUCCACGAAUCGAAAGAUGUUUUCCAACUAAAAGACCUCGAGAAAUUAGGUCCACAGGCGAAAGGUAUCACGAUGCAAUCAGUGAAGGGAAUCGUCCAGGAGCUUGUGGACGAUGGUCUGGUGGAGUCAGAAAAAGUCGGCACAAUGGUGUACUUCUGGUCAUUUCCUGGCAAAGCCCGGAAGGAGUUGAAAUGUAAAAUUGAGGAUUUAGAGAAGAAAAAUUGCGAUGCCGACAAGAAACUGAAAGCCUUGGAAGAAUGGCUCGAAAAUGAACGCAGCAAGGACACCGACAGUGAAGCGUGCAUGGAACUUGCAAGGAAUAUUGCAGAAUUGAAAAAGCGGGAGGAACAACUGGAGAAGGAGCUAUCCAAGUACAAGGAGCACGAUCCGCAAUCAAUUAAACGGAAAAUUGACGAAACUAAGGAAGUCCUGGAAGCUGCAAACCGAUGGACUGAUAACAUAUUUUCGAUAAAAACUUGGUGCAAAAAGAAGUUCUGCGUGGAAGAAAAGGAUUUGAAUAAGAAUUUCCAGAUUCCAGAGGAUUUCGACUAUGUAGACGACAGCUAGCGCAAACAAAAGGUCUUGAGUACGUACCAUUCAACAAGAACUCCUUUCAUAACAUUUACCAUGUUGGCAUCCUUCCGUUUAUUAUGAAGAAACUAUUUUUUCACGUUUUAUAAUAAAAUAUGUUUUAUGGAAA